GCCCGCACCAUGAUUGCCGCGGCUUUCCUCGUGUUGCUGAGACCCUACAGCAUCCAAUGUGCCCUCUUCCUCUUGUUACUCCUGCUGGGCACCAUCGCCACCAUCGUCUUCUUCUGCUGCUGGCACCGCAAGCUCCAGAAAGGGAGGCAUCCGAUGAAAUCAGUCUUUUCGGGCCGUUCCAGGAGCCGAGAUGCUGUUUUGAGAUCUCACCACUAUCGUUCUGAGGGAUUCAGAGCAAGCCCUCGGCAUCUCAGAAGACGAGUCGCAGCGGCCGCAGCCGCCCGUCUGGAAGAAGUCAAGCCCGUGGUGGAAGUUCACCAUCAGAGUGAGCAAGAAGCUGCAGUGAGGAAACGAAGAAUCAAGAAAAGCAGCCGAGUCCAGCCAGAAUUUUAUCAUUCUGUUCAAGGCGCUUCAAUCAGAAGGCCUAGUUCCGGGAACGCGUCCUAUCGCUGCUCUAUGUCUUCCUCUGCGGAUUUUUCUGAUGAGGAUGAUUUCAGCCAGAAAUCUGGCUCAGCAUCUCCAGCUCCCGGAGACACCUUACCCUGGAAUUUGCCUAAACAUGAGAGAUCAAAGAGGAAGAUUCAAGGGGGCUCAGUGCUGGACCCUGCCGAGAGGGCUGUGCUUCGGAUAGCAGAUGAGCGGGACAAAGUUCAAAAGAAAACCUUUACCAAAUGGAUAAAUCAGCAUCUCAUGAAGGUCCGAAAACAUGUGAAUGAUCUUUAUGAAGAUUUAAGAGAUGGGCACAAUUUAAUUUCUCUUUUAGAAGUUCUUUCGGGAGACACCUUGCCAAGGGAGCGAGAUUUUUUGAAGACCUUACGGUUGGUGAGUGCAACAGAAGCAUGCGAAUAUGAGCAGCAUGAGGAUGUGGAGGAUGAGGAUAAGGGGCCCAGAGAGAAGGGUCGGAUGCGUUUCCACAGACUGCAGAAUGUACAGAUUGCACUUGACUAUUUGAAAAGACGCCAGGUGAAAUUAGUAAACAUUAGAAAUGAUGACAUAACAGAUGGAAAUCCCAAAUUGACUUUGGGAUUAAUAUGGACAAUAAUUCUGCACUUUCAGAUAUCUGAUAUUCAUGUCACUGGAGAGUCUGAGGAUAUGUCUGCCAAGGAGAGACUGCUGCUGUGGACACAGCAGGCCACAGAGGGUUAUGCUGGAAUCCGAUGUGAAAAUUUCACUACCUGCUGGAGAGAUGGGAAACUAUUUAAUGCCAUCAUUCAUAAAUACAGGCCGGACCUGAUAGAUAUGAAUACUGUUGCUGUUCAAAGCAACCUUGCAAACUUAGAGCAUGCUUUUUAUGUAGCAGAAAAAAUUGGUGUGAUCCGACUCCUGGACCCUGAAGAUGUUGAUGUCUCCUCACCUGAUGAAAAGUCAGUAAUAACUUAUGUGUCAUCUCUCUAUGAUGCAUUUCCUAAAGUCCCUGAAGGUGGUGAAGGCAUCAGUGCAAAUGAUGUUGAAGUCAAAUGGAUUGAAUACCAGAAUAUGGUGAACUACCUCAUCCAGUGGAUUAGACACCAUGUGACCACAAUGUCUGAGAGAACAUUUCCUAAUAAUCCUGUAGAACUAAAGGCACUUUAUAACCAGUAUUUACAGUUUAAAGAGACAGAAAUUCCACCCAAGGAAACAGAAAAAUCAAAAAUUAAGCGGCUUUAUAAACUAUUAGAGAUUUGGAUAGAAUUUGGACGCAUCAAGCUUCUUCAGGGUUAUCAUCCAAAUGACAUUGAGAAAGAGUGGGGGAAACUCAUCAUUGCCAUGCUGGAGCGGGAGAAGGCGCUGCGCCCGGAGGUGGAGAGGCUGGAAAUGUUGCAGCAGAUUGCCAAUCGAGUGCAGCGGGACAGUGUCAUCUGUGAAGACAAACUCAUCCUCGCUCGAAAUGCUCUGCAGUCUGAUUCUAAAAGACUGGAGUCAGGAGUGCAGUUUCAGAAUGAAGCAGAAAUUGCCGGGUACAUACUUGAAUGUGAGAACCUUCUGCACCAGCUUGUGAUCGAUGUACAGAUUCUUAUGGAUGGGAAAUAUUACCAGGCAGAUCACCUGGUACAGAGGGUUGCUAAACUGCGUGAUGAAAUCAUGGCCUUAAGGAAUGAAUGUUCCUCAGUGUAUAGCAAGGGGCGCGCCCUGCUGACAACGGAACAGACGAAGCUCAGGAUAUCAGGAAUCACUCAAAGCUUAAACGCAGGAUUUGCACCGACCUUGAACCCCUGUCUGAGCUCAGGGCUGACCCAGAGCUUGACACCUUCCUUGACCUCCUCCAGCAUGACUUCCGGCCUCGCUUCAGGAAUGACGUCCCGCCUCACUCCAUCAGUCACUCCUGUUUAUACACCUGGUUUCCCAUCAGGAUUGGCCCCGAGUUUCAGUUCUGGAGUAGAGCCAACCUCAUUGCAGACUCUGAAACUGAUGCAGAUCCGAAAACCUCUGGUGAAGUCGUCUUUGCUAGAUGAGAAUUUAACAGAAGAGGAAGUUAACAUGAAAUUUGUUCAGGAUCUCCUCAGUUGGGUUGAGGAGAUGCAAAUGCAGCUAGACCGCACGGAAUGGGGCUCAGAUUUGCCAAGUGUGGAAAGCCAUUUAGAGAAUCAUAAAAAUGUUCACCGAGCUAUUGAAGAAUUUGAGUCUAGUCUUAAAGAAGCUAAAAUCAGUGAGAUUCAAAUGACAGCGCCUCUUAAAUUAACUUAUGCCGAAAAGCUGCACAGACUAGAGAGUCAGUAUGCAAAACUCUUGAAUACCUCUAGAAAUCAGGAACGACACCUUGAUACACUCCAUAAUUUUGUGACUCGUGCAACUAAUGAACUUAUUUGGCUGAAUGAAAAAGAAGAGGAGGAAGUUGCUUAUGACUGGAGUGAAAGAAAUACCCAGAUAUCUCGGAAAAGAGACUACCACGUGGAAUUAAUGAGAGAACUUGAUCAAAAGGAGGAAAAUAUUAAAUCAGUUCAAGAAAUAGCAGAGCAGCUGCUUCUAGAAAAUCACCCAGCCCGGUUAACCAUUGAGGCCUACAAAGCAGCGAUGCAGACACAGUGGAGCUGGAUCCUGCAGCUUUGCCAGUGUGUAGAGCAGCACAUCAAGGAGAACACCACUUACUUCGAGUUCUUCAGUGAUGCCAAGGAAGCCACUGAUUACUUAAGGAACCUGAAAGAUGCCAUUCAGCGCAAGUAUAGCUGUGAUCGCUCCAGCAGCAUCCACAAGCUGGAAGACCUUGUUCAGGAAUCAAUGGAAGAGAAAGAAGAACUUGUGCAGUACAAAAGCACCAUAGCAAGUCUGAUGGGGAGAGCAAAAACAAUAAUUCAGCUGAAGCCAAGGAAUCCUGACUGUCCACUCAAAACUUCCAUUCCAAUCAAAGCUAUCUGUGACUACCGACAAAUAGAGAUCACCAUUUACAAAGAUGACGAAUGUGUUUUGGCAAACAACUCUCAUCGUGCUAAAUGGAAGGUCAUUAGCCCGACUGGGAAUGAGGCCAUGGUGCCAUCUGUGUGCUUCACCAUUCCUCCACCAAAUAAAGAAGCAGUUGACUUUGCAAACAGAAUUGAGCAGCAGUAUCAAAAUGUCUUGACUCUCUGGCAUGAGUCCCACAUAAACAUGAAGAGCGUAGUGUCCUGGCAUUAUCUCAUCAAUGAAAUUGAUAGAGUUCGAGCUAGCAAUGUGGCUUCAAUAAAGACAAUGUUACCUGGUGAACAUCAGCAAGUUCUGAGUAAUCUACAGUCUCGCUUUGAAGAUUUUCUGGAAGAUAGCCAGGAAUCCCAAAUAUUUUCAGGCUCAGAUAUAACACAAAUAGAGAAGGAGGUUCAUGUAUGUAAGCAGUACUAUCAGGAACUUCUUAAAGCUGCAGAAAGAGAAGAGCAAGAGGAAUCAGUUUAUAAUCUGUACAUCUCUGAAGUUCGAAACAUUAGACUUCGCUUGGAAAAUUGUGAAGAUCGGUUGAUUAGACAGAUCCGAACUCCCCUGGAGAGAGAUGAUUUGCAUGAAAGUGUGUUCAGAAUCACAGAACAGGAGAAACUAAAGAAAGAGCUAGAGCGGCUUAAAGAUGACUUGGGAACGCUCAGCAGCAAAUGUGAUGAGUUUUUCAGCCAAGCAGCAGCAUCUCCAUCGGUGCCCACCCUGCGUUCUGAGCUUAGCGUGGUCGUUCAGAACAUGAACCAAGUCUAUUCUAUGUCUUCCACUUACAUCGAAAAGUUAAAAACCGUGAAUUUGGUGUUAAAAAACACUCAAGCUGCUGAAGCCCUUGUGAAACUCUAUGAAACUAAGCUGUGUGAAGAAGAAGCAGUUAUAGCUGACAAGAAUAAUAUUGAAAACCUAAUAAGUACUCUAAAGCAAUGGAGAUCUGAAGUGGAUGAGAAGAGAGGGGUAUUCCAUGCCCUAGAGGAUGAGUUACAGAAAGCAAAGGCCAUCAGUGAUGAGAUGUUUAAAACAUACAAGGAACGUGACCUGGACUUUGACUGGCACAAGGAAAAAGCUGACCAGUUGGUUGAAAGAUGGCAGAAUGUUCAUGUGCAGAUUGACAACAGGUUACGGGACUUAGAGGGCGUUGGAAAAUCACUGAAGUACUACAAAGAUACCUAUCACCCCUUAGAUGACUGGAUCCAGCAGGUUGAAACAACUCAGAGAAAAAUCCAAGAAAAUCAGCCUGACAGUAGUAAAAUCCUGGCUACACAGUUGAAUCAACAAAAGAUGCUGGUAUCUGAAAUAGAAAUGAAACAGAGCAAAAUGGAUGAGUGUCAGAAGUAUGCAGAGCAGUACUCAGCUACAGUGAAGGACUAUGAAUUACAAACAAUGACCUACCGGGCUAUGGUUGAUUCACAACAAAAAUCUCCAGUGAAACGCCGAAGAAUGCAGAGCUCAGCAGAUUGCAUUAUUCAGGAGUUUAUGGAUCUGAGGACCCGGUACACUGCUCUGGUCACCCUCAUGACACAAUAUAUUAAAUUUGCUGGUGAUUCAUUGAAGAGGCUGGAGGAGGAGGAGAAGUCACUGGAAGAGGAAAAGAAAGAACAUGUUGAAAAAGCCAAAGAGUUGCAGAAAUGGGUAUCAAAUAUCAGCAAGACAUUGAGAGAUGGAGAGAAGGCUGGAAAAUCUCCUUUCUCUAAGCAAAAGAUUUCCAAUGAGGAAAUGUCAAUCAAGAAGGAACAAUUAUCCGAAGCACUUCAAACCUUACAGAUUUUUUUGGCUAAGCAUGGAGACAAAUUGACAGAUGAAGAAAGAAAUGAGUUGGAAAAGCAAAUGAAAAGUCUUCAAGAGGGUUAUAAUUUGUUAUUCAGUGAGUCUCUGAAACAACUACAGGAAUCCCAAACGUCAGAAGAUCUAAAAGUAGAAGAGAAGCUGGCUAAAGUGAUUGCAGGCACCAUUGAUCAGACAACUGGAGAAGUCCUUUCAGUCUUUCAGGCAGUUGUAAGAGGCCUCAUUGACUAUGACACAGGAAUCAGGUUACUUGAGACACAGCUAAUGAUUACUGGUCUCAUUUCACCAAAACUAAGAAAGUGCUUUGACCUAAAUGAUGCUGAAAGUCAUGGCCUUAUUGAUGAACAAAUUCUCUGCCAGCUCACAGAACUAAAUAAAGCCAAGAACAUUAUUUCUGCCGUGUCAUCUACCACCAUUCCAGCCCUGGAUGCCCUGGCUCAAGGCAUGAUAUCAGAAUCCAUGGCCAUCAGAGUUCUUGAAAUACUGCUUUCCACAGGAUCUCUGGUUAUCCCAGCAACAGGAGAACAUUUGACCCUGCAGAAGGCUUUCCAGCAGAACUUGAUUUCCUCAGCACUAUUUUCUAAAGUCCUAGAAAGGCAAAAUAUGAGCAAGGAUCUCAUUGACCCCUGCACCUCCGAGAAAGUGUCUUUAAUAGAUAUGGUUCACAGAAGCAUUUUACAGGAAAGUACUGGGAUGUGGCUUCUCCCUGUCAGGCCACAGGAAGGGGGCAGAAUAACAUUAAAAUGUGGAAGAAGCAUAAGCAUUUUAAGAGCAGCUCAUGAAGGCCUCAUUGACCGUGAAACCAUGUUUAGGUUGUUAAGUGCCCAGCUUCUCUCUGGAGGUCUGAUCAAUUGCAACUCUGGCCAAAGAAUGACUGUGGAAGAAGCUGUGACAGAAGGGGUGAUUGACAGGGACACUGCCAACAGUAUUCUCACUUACCAGGUUCAAACAGGUGGAAUCAUACACUCAAACCCUGCGAAGCGUUUAACUGUAGAUGAAGCAGUCCAGUGUGACUUAAUAACGUCUAGCAGUGCUCUUUUGGUGCUGGAGGCUCAGAAAGCCUAUGUUGGACUGAUUUGGCCCCACUCUGGUGAAAUAUUCCCCACGUCUUCUUCCUUGCAGCAAGAGUUGAUCACAAAUGAACUGGCCUACAAAAUCCUGAAUGGCAGGCAAAAAAUUGCCGCUCUUUAUAUUCCAGAAAGUUCUCAAGUUGUUGGUUUGGAUAUUGCAACACAGCUAGGGAUUAUAGAUAACAAUACAGCAUCAGUUUUAAAAAAUGUAAUACUGCCUGAUAAAAUGCCAGAUUUAGGAGACUUAGAAGCUUGCAGAAAUGCCAAAAGGUGGCUCUCCUUUUGUAAAUUUCAACCUUCUACAAUUCAUGAUUACAGGCAGGAAGAGGAUGUUUUUGAUGGAGAAGAACCAGUGACAACUCAGAGUGCAGAACAAACUAAGAAGUUAUUCCUGUCCUACUUGAUGAUAAAUAGUUACAUGAAUGCAGACACGGGGCAGAGGCUCUUGCUGUAUGAUGGAGAUCUGGAUGAAGCUGUUGAUAUGCUCCUGGAGGGUUGCAGUGCCAAAUCUGAUCAGGACACAUCUGUGAAAGAAUGUCUUGAUGUCUUCAACUUCCCUGGUGUAUUUGUUAACUGUGCUCCAGACACAGAAAAGGGUGCAUAUACAGCCUUACCAGGUAGUUGUAAUAGAGAUCAUGAUAGAGAACCCGAACUUCACAAAGAGACACAUGAAGAUAGAAAAUGUGCCGUGGAUGGGGAGUCUCAUGAAAUGGGAAAUAAUGUUAUCAGUAGGAAACUCCAUCAGUCAGAAAACCUGGAAACUAUGGUGUCAGUGGGUAAUAAAGUUCACAGUUUAUCCAGUGUGCGUGUUCCCAGCCCCAGAUUACAUUUAGCACAGACUGAAUUUGCAGAAGCUAGGCCACUUAGACAAGACUCUGAAAACAUACUUAAAAACUGUGACAAUCAAAAUCAAGUUGAAACAAGUGAACGUGCUGAUGAGUGCAGUCAUGCUGCCAGCAAUGAAAGCUUUGCCAGUGACUUGACCAUGCAUUCUGUUGUGAAAUCAGAGGCUCACACAUUCUGUGAUCAAACUGAAACUGACAGUGUGGGUAAAAUGAAUGUUGAUUCUUCUAUUUUUAAUUAUUCCCCCCGGCUAAGUGCCCUGUUAAGCCAUGAUAAACUGAGGUACAGUCAUGAGGCAUUUAAUGCUGUACUCAUCCCAGAUCAUAGUGUUAAUCAGUCUAAAGCCUCUCCAUUGUCAUUAAGUGACAAAAACAUGCCAUCAGGUGAAACAACAGAGGAAAACUUUCAAGACCAAUUUUUGGGAAUUGUAGCUAUUAACGUUAGUUUACAAGAAGAAUCCUCUAGACAAAAUUUUUUAGGUAUUGGUUGCAGUCCUCAACUACAGCAUCCCAAUGAUAUGUACACAUCAGAUGCUUCUGGUGAGGAGAAGAUGGAUGUUGCAUCUCCACAGAAACUUGAACAAGAGCAAAGUGAGUCCAAACUCGAAGUGACUCCACGAGAAGUGGUGCUAAUGAAGUCACCUAUGAUCCCAGAGGGUGCAGCUGAUGGAGCCAUUGCAUCUGCUAUUUGUGGUGCGCUGUCGCUUGAAGAACCCAGCAGUGUGGCUGACUAUGAAACGUCACUGCUGGAUGAUCAGCAGAGUGACACAGAAACAGACACUGAAAGUGAUGAUGACUUUUUUGAUACCCCCUUGUUUGAAGAUGAUGACCAUGAUUCUCUGCUUCUUGAAGGCGAUGAUCAUGAUUGUCUGCGACCUGAGGACUUUGACAGUCUGCAAGAAGAAACUGACGGGAUGCCUCCUCCUGGUGAUGGUUUCUGUGAUGUUUCAAAAGAAAGUGAAGAUUCUGUGGUUUCUCAGGGGGGACCAGACGGUAGCAUUAGUGUGAGUGACAAAGAACAGUAUCCUCAGGACUAUCUUAUAGGCAUCAAGAAAGAGGAACCUGAUUCUGAUAAGAAAAUAAACUUAAAUUGGGUUGGCUCAGAAGUGGAGCUUGGACAGUUGCUGGAAGCUGUACCAAAAAGAAAAUGCACAGAUGACCAUGAAGGUGAUGAGUUUGCCCCUUCAUAUGAUUAUGAAGCUGUACAAAGGAAAGAGCCCUUUAAUGCAUUUUUGAAUUUUGGUGGCACUGGAGAUUGGAGAGGAGGAAAAGAGGAGGCUGUAACUGUAGAAGAAUUUCAAUAUACUGACCAUUUAGAUUCUGCACAAAGUGAAGAAACUUGUUUGGAUUAUGCAUUUGACAGCAAUCAGGAUGAUGAUGAAGAUGAUGAUGAAUAUGAUAAUUAUGAUGAUUACUAUGAUGGUGAUGAUUAUGGUGGGGAUGAUUAUGGUGGGGAUGAAGAAGGGGAAGAAGUAGGAGAUAUGAAUGGAAAGCUUAUAUGCAUAGAUAGAGUUACAGAUUUGAAAAUCCAGCUUUGUUCCACCACUGUAAAUGAAAAGGGAACGAGUGAUGACAACCAAUGUAAUAAUGAAAUGAUUUUCCUCAGGAAAAUAAACAGUGAUAGUUCUCUAGAAAAUCAGCAGAGUGUCAGUGCUUCACAGCUACAGUCAACUAGGAAGAGCAGCUUAGUUGAUGAAAGGGGCAGUCUUCCAGGAUAUACAACUGAGGAUGUUGAAAAACAAGAAGAAAAUCUGGAAACUCAUAAUGUUAAGGAUGUUUUGCUUCCCAACAUUAAAGACACAGAAUCAGAAAAAACCUUUGAUCUAAUGGAUGUGUUACCUAAUAAUGGUCUCAGUUCAUCUUCUGACUUAAAUAGUGAUGUAAUGGAAACAAAAGACAAGUUAAUUCAAAGACCAGAAUCUGUAUACUUUUUGAACAGUAAGGAUCAGUAUUUUGAGAAUGUCAUUCCUGAAGUCCACUCAUUGCGUGAGAACAUCAUUUACUCUGAACCUGAUUCGGUGGAAAAGCCUGUUGAGGCUAGCCAUUCAUCAACCACAGCCUCUGAAACAGACAAAGUUCUCCAAAGAAAUGCAGAAGGUGUUAAAAGGGAAGACAGUAAAAACAAUAUAAUACUAGAAAAUGAAACAUCCGUUCAGCCAGUGUGCUCACAUGAAGGAGAUGUGUUUACAGAAGAUCUAAUAAAAGAAGAAAAGAAACAGCCAAGACUUUUGCCUGGUGAAAAUGCAAUGGGAUGUCUCAAUCUAGUCAACAGCCAGGCUGUGUUUCCACAGAUUACAGACAACGAAGAACUUCACCAGAAAGAAAGCCUUAAGAAAGCUGCUGUGAUUCGCAAAGAUGAACCAGCACAUUUACAAGACUCAGCUAGUAGGAAUCCUGUUCAGUUUGAGAAUCUUGAAGAAAUAUUUGACGUAUCAGUUUCCAAAGCGAUCCCUAAUGACAUUGCUUCAAAUGCGACAUUGUCUGGAAGGAAUACAAGUGUUGAGCAUUAUUCACCCACUGAUGGACCUGACAAAGAUUUUGAUCUGUUUUUCUUCUUAAAACAGUGUGCUAAAAACAUACAACUGAAUGAUGUGGUCAAGCCAAGCGAUGAUAUCUCGAGUCAUGUUUUACCAGCUGUCCCUCCCUUGAAAGGAUACUUAGAAUUAGAAGGUAAUAAUGUAAAAGAGAAGUUGAGUUGUGCUCAAGAAUGCUCUGCUCUAAAAGAGAUGGUUCUAUCUAAUGAUGUUUCCACUAAAGAAGGAGGAAUGGGAAUUCCUCAUUUCAUACCAACCAAUAAUGAAACCAUGCUUGCAACCUUCUCUGUUAACAAUGUGCAGUCAGAGCUCCCUAUGGACAGAAUAGAAAAUGAUACCUUCAGUAAUGCUUUAAAUGCUGACCAGUUGUUUUUAGAAAUCAACAGCAAAAAAGAAAGAAUUGAGCCAGAGCUACCAGAAAAACAAGCUUUGUCACUAAGAACCCAAGAAAGCGAGUUUCAUAUUCCUGAAUUAUCACAGGCAUUUGUCGAGGAUAGAAAUGAAACCUUUCAAAGCAGAUUGAAAGAAGUUGCUGUGAUACCUCAGCAGGUUGAAGAACCUUCAGCCUGUGCAGACAGAGUGGUCAGUGAAGCAGGUGAUGGGUUCAGUGACUUGAAACUCAGUGAUAGUACUGGAGUUGCCUCCACAAAUAACUCACUAGGACUAAAAACAGAGAAUAAAGAUGAUCCUUUCCCUGUUGCCAGUCUUAAGCCUGAGCUGCUCCUUGAGUUACUGAAGCAAAACCAACAUAGCCAAGAACUUGCAGGAGCCUUUGAUCUGGUGAGAGAAUUAACGCAGGUGGAAUAUGACCUAGAGAAAAGAGGCAUUGCAUCUAAGAUACUUCCAUUGCAGCUUGAAAACAUUUUCUACAAGUUGCUUACUGAAGGAUAUUCAGAGAAAGCUGAGCAGGUCAGAGCCCUGAUUCAUAAAGCAUGUGCUGCUUCAGAGGUGCUGGAAGACAAGCCAUGCCUUCUUGGUGAUCUUAAAGGCAAUGAAGGAGAGGACUGUUCACUUCAUUUACAGACUGUAAAAAUGACUGGACUAGAAAACACUGCUUUGUGUGCAUCAGAGUUGCCAAGAGAUGAGAAACUUGAGGAGCUGCACAGUGGUUUCCCAAACCAUUCGGAAUGUAUUUCAGGGUCACAACAAAUGACUUCCAGUGAUGAUUCAGCGGAACAAUUUUCCAAGGAGUUACAGCAGUGUGCACAGCACAUUGAAAAAAUGCAUGAGUAUAUGGCCUUGCUUCAAGAUAUGAACCCCCCUUUAGACUACCAGGAGUCUUUGGAAAACAAUCUAGAGGCUCUCAAGAAUCAGCUCAAAAAGUUAGAGACAUUUGAACUGGGAUUGGCUCCAAUUGCCAUUAUUUUAAGAAAAGACAUGAAGUUGGCAGAAGAGUUCUUAAAGUCACUUCCCAGUGGCUUUCCUGAAAGACAUCGUGAGGAGUUGAGUACAAGUUACCAGUGUUUGCGCACUGCCUUCUCCUCCCUUGGCAACCUGUCUUCAGAAAGAACACAAGAGAUCAUGCUUGCUAUCAACUCUGAAAUGGCUAAGCUAGAAGUUUCCCAAGAAGAAUUUGUGUGUAAACUCAAGUCGUUCUCAGAUUGGAUAUCAGAGAAGAGCAAAUCUGUGAAGGAUAUUGAGAUCAUGAAUGUUCAAGAUCCUGAAGAUGUGAAGAAAAGUUUAGUGUUUCUCAAGAAUGUGUUGAAAGAUCUUGGACAUACCAAAAUGCAGCUGGAGACUACUGCCUUUGAUGUUCAGUUCUUCAUUUCUGAACAUGCCCAAGAUCUGUCUCCCACGCAAAGCAAGCAACUGCUGAGGCUCUUAAAUGCAACCCAGAAGUGCUUUCUUGACAUGCAGGAAUCAGUCGUUGCCCAGGUGGAAUGUGUAGAGAGUCAGUUACAACAAGAGCAGGAUCUUGAUGAUCAGAAGAUUGUGGCAGAGCGUCAAGAGGAGUAUAAAGAGAAACUCCAAGGGAUAUGUGAUCUCCUCACCCAAACUGAAAACCGACUGAUUGGUCACCAAGAAGCCUUCGUGAUUGGAGAUGGCACGACUGAGUUAAAGAAGUAUCAGUCCGAACAAGAGGAAUUACAGAAAGAUAUGCAAGGAAGUGCACAGGCUUUGGCAGAAAUAGUGAAAAACACAGAAAACUUCUUAAAAGAGAAAGGUGAAAAGCUGUCACAAGAAGAUAAGGCUUUGAUUGAGCAAAAACUUCAUGAAGCUAAGAUAAAAUGUGAACAGCUUAAUUUAAAGGCGGAACAGUCAAAAAAAGAACUGGACAAAGUUGUGACGACAGCAAUUAAGGAAGAAACUGAAAAGGUUGCAGCUGCAAAGCAGCUGGAAGAGAGUAAAACCAAAAUAGAAAACCUUUUGGACUGGUUGUCAAAUGUGGGCAAAGACUCAGAGUGGGCAGGGGCAAGCCACAAACCGAUAAUUGAACAGAAUGGAACACAUUUGCCAGAAGGCGAUGGCAAGUCGGAGAUUGGAGAAGAGGAUGAAGUUAAUGGUAACCUGUUGGAGGUGGAUGUUGAUGGGCAGGUUGGAACUACUGGAGAGAACCUCAAUCAGCAAUACCAGAAAAUUAAGGCCCAACACGAGAAGAUCAUCUCUCAGCACCAAGCAGUUAUCAUGGCCACCCAGUCUGCACAAGCACUGCUUGAGAAACAGGGUCACUAUCUCUCCCCCGAGGAAAAAGAGAAACUGCAGAAGAACAUGAAGGAGCUGAAAGCACACUACGAAACCACGCUGGCUGCGUCAGAGAAGAAAAUGAAGUUGACGCACUCUCUGCAGGAAGAAUUAGAGAAGUUUGAUGCUGACUAUGGCGAGUUUGAGCACUGGCUGGAGCAGGCGGAGCAGGAGCUGGAAAACCUGGAGGCAGGUGCAGAUGAUUUCAGUGGUUUAAUGGCCAAACUGAAGAGGCAGAAGAGUUUCUCUGAAGACGUUAUCUCUCACAAAGGGGACUUACGGUACAUCACAAUUUCUGGAAACAGAGUGUUAGAAGCUGCCAAAUCUUGCAGCAAGAGAGAUGGCAAGGUGGACAAGGAUAAUAUCGACACAUCUGCCACCCACAGAGAAGUCCAGAGCAAGCUGGAGCAGGCCACUGAUCGGUUCAGGUCUCUCUACUCUAAGUGCAGUGUUCUAGGAAACAAUCUUAAGGAUCUGGUGGAUAAAUACCAGCACUAUGAAGAUGCUUCAUGUGGACUUCUUUCUGGACUCCAGGCCUGUGAGGCUCUGGCAAGCAAGCAUUUACUUGAACCCAUUGCUGUGGACCCCAAAAAUCUGCAAAGGCAAUUAGAAGAAACCAAGGCUUUGCAAGGACAGAUAUCAAGUCAGCAGGUGGCAGUAGAAAAACUGAAGAAAACGGCUGAAGUGCUGUUGGAUGCCAGAGGAUCAUUACUUCCAGCCAAAAAUGAUAUCCAAAAGACACUGGAUGACAUUGUGGGGAGGUAUGAGGAUCUGUCCAAGUCUGUUAAUGAACGCAAUGAAAAACUCCAGAUAACCCUGACCCGUUCGCUGAGCGUGCAGGAUGGCCUGGAUGAAAUGCUGGACUGGAUGGGAAGUGUGGAAAAUUCUCUCAAAGAACAAGGUCAAGUGCCCUUAAACUCUGCUGCUCUUCAGGAUAUCAUCAGUAAAAACAUCAUGCUGGAACAAGACAUUGGAGGUCGUCAGAGCAGUAUAAAUGCCAUGAAUGAAAAAGUAAAGAAAUUUAUGGAAACAACAGACCCGUCCACUGCAUCCUCACUGCAGGCAAAAAUGAAGGACUUGUCUGUGCGGUUUUCAGAAGCAAGUCGCAAACACAAAGAAAAACUGGCUAAAAUGGAGGAGCUAAAAACCAAAGUAGAACUGUUUGAGAACCUCUCGGAAAAACUCCAUGCCUUUUUAGAAACAAAAACUCGGGCUCUAACUGAGGUGGACGUACCGGGGAAAGAUGUUGCUGAAUUGUCUCAAUGCAUGCAGGAAUCGACUUCGGAAUUCUUGGAACACAAGAAAGAUCUUGAAGUUUUGCAUGGUCUCCUGAAGGAGAUAGCCAGCCAAGGCUUACCUGGCGAUAAGGCUUUGGUGUUUGAAAAGACAAAUAAUUUAUCAAAGAAAUUUAAGGAAAUGGAAGAUACCAUCAAAGAAAAAAAAGAAGCUGUAACUUCUUGCCAAGAGCAGCUGGAUGCUUUCCAAGUGCUUGUUACCUCAUUGAAGUCAUGGAUAAAAGAAACAACAGAAAGAGUGCCUAUUGUGAAGCCUUCUUUUGGUGCUGAGGAUUUAGGAAAAUCUUUGGAGGAAACUAAGAAAUUACAAGAAAAGUGGAGUUUGAAAACACCAGAGGUUCAGAAAGUAAACAACACUGGGAUCUCAUUAUGUAACCUUAUAAGUGCAGUGACCACUCCAGCGAAGGCAAUAGCAGCAGCUAAGUCAGGUGGAGUGAUAUUAAACGGUGAAGGCACAGACGCAAGUACUCAGGAUUUUUUGGCAAAUAAAGGUUUAACAUCCAUUAAAAAAGACAUGACUGACAUAAGUCAUGGUUAUGAAGAUCUUGGCCUCUUACUCAAGGACAAAAUAGCGGAACUGAAUACUAAACUCUCCAAAUUGCAAAAGGCUCAGGAAGAAUCAAGUGCAAUGAUGCAGUGGUUACAGAAAAUGAACAAAACUGCAACCAAAUGGCAUCAGGCACCCACACCUACAGAUGCUGAAACUGUGAAGACUCAAGUUGAACAGAAUAAGUCAUUUGAGGCAGAACUGAAGCAAAAUGUAAACAAAGUACAGGAAUUGAAAGACAAACUGACGGAGUUGUUGGAAGAGAACCCAGACACUCCUGAGGCCCCCAAGUGGAAGCACAUGUUGACUGAGAUCGAUUCCAAGUGGCAAGAGCUUAACCAAUUAACUGUUGAUAGACAACAAAAACUGGAAGAAUCCUCCAAUAAUCUGACUCAAUUCCAGACUGUGGAGGCCCAGUUAAAGCAGUGGCUUACAGAGAAAGAACUGAUGGUCAGUGUUCUUGGGCCCUUGUCAAUAGAUCCAAAUAUGCUAAACACACAGAAGCAGCAGGUGCAGAUUCUGCUGCAAGAAUUUGAGACAAGGAAACCUCAGUAUGAACAACUAACAGCGGCUGGUCAGGGUAUUCUGAGCAGACCUGGCGAAGACGCUUCCUUACACGGGGUUGUGAAAGAGCAACUGGCAGCCGUGACUCAAAAAUGGGAGUGCCUCACAGGACAACUGAGUGACAGAUGUGACUGGAUUGAUCAAGCCAUUGUUAAAAGCACACAGUAUCAGGGCCUGCUGAGAAGCCUUUCUGAUAAACUGAGUGACUUGGAUCAUAAACUCCACAGCAGUCUUUCUGGGAGCACACACCCUGAUGCCAUGAACCAGCAGUUGGAAGCUGCGCAAAAUACGAAGCAGGAAAUAGAGCAGGAAAUGAAGCAGAUAAAAGUGGCCCAGGCGCUCUGCGAGGAGUUGUCAGCACUGGUUAAAGAAGAGUACCUGAAAGCAGAACUUAGUAGACAACUAGAAGGUGUCUUAAAGGCCUACAAGGACAUGGAACAAAAAGCAGAUAAUCAUGUCCAGCACCUUCAGUCGGCCUGUGCAAGCUCUCAUCAGUUUCAACAAAUGUCUAGAGAUUUUCAGGCUUGGCUGGAUACCAAGAAAGAACAGCAAAACAAGUCCCAUCCAAUAUCUGCCAAACUUGAUGUUUUGGAGUCAUUAAUUAAAGAACAGACAGACUUUAAUAAAACUUUGACUGCCCAAUCUAAUGUUUAUGAAAAAACCAUCACAGAAGGUGAAAAUCUGUUAUUAAAAACACAAGGGUCUGAGAAGGCAGCCUUACAGUCCCAACUUAACACAAUUAAAACCAGUUGGGAUGAUUUUAAUAAGCAGGUGAAAGAAAGAGAAGACAAAUUAAAAGAUUCACUGGAAAAGGCCCUCAAGUAUAAAGAGCACGUGGAAACUCUGCGACCUUGGAUAGACAAAUGUCAGAGCAGCCUAGAGGAGAUAAAAUUCUGCUUGGAUCCUGCUGAAACAGAGAAUUCUAUUACUAAACUAAAGUCUCUGCAGAAGGAAAUGGAUCAGCACUUUGGUAUGGUAGAAUUGCUAAAUAAUGCAACCAACAGCUUGCUCAGUGCCUGUGAGGUUGAUAAAGAGGUUGUGGUAGAUGAGAAUAAGUCACUGAUGCAAAAGGUAGACAUGGUCACUGAGCAACUUCACAGCAAGAAAUUCUCCCUGGAAAACAUGGCCCAGAAGUUUAAAGAAUUUCAAGAAGUUUCCAAAGAAGCUGAAAGGCAGCUUCGGUGUGCAAAGGAACAGCUGGAUGUCCAUGACUCCUUGGGAUCCCAGGCUUACAGUAACAAAUACCUGACCAUGUUGCAGACCCAGCAGAAAUCACUUCAGGCUUUGAAGCAUCAGGUAGAUUCAGCCAGGAGACUUGCACAAGACCUGGUGAUAGAAGCCUCUGACUCAAAAGGGACUGCCGAUGUUUUAUCACAGGUUGAAACCUUAGCUCAAGAGCAUGGUGCACUAAGUCAGCAGGUUGAUGACAAGUGUUCAUUCUUAGAAACCAAGCUUCAGGGCAUUGGGCAUUUCCAGAAUACCAUUCGAGAAAUGUUUUCUCAGUUUGCCGAGUUUGAUGAUGAACUGGAUAGCAUGGCUCCAGUAGGAAGAGACGAGGAAACAUUGCAGAAGCAAAAGGAAACUAUAAAAACCUUCCUGAAAAAACUAGAAGCUCUUAUAGCAAACAUUGACAAUGCCAAUAAAACCUGCAAGAUGAUGCUGGCCACAGAAGAAACCACCCCUGACCUUGUGGGAAUCAAAAGGGACUUGGAAGCAUUAAGCAAGCAGUGCAACAAGUUGCUAGACCGAGCAAAAACCCGAGAAGAGCAGGUUGAAGGGACAAUUGAGCGUCUUGAAGAAUUCUACAACAAAUUGAAAGAAUUUUCUACUCUGCUGCAGAAGGCUGAAGAACAUGAAGAGUCCCAAGGCCCUGUGGGAAUGGAGACAGAGACAAUUAAUCAGCAGCUAAAUAUUUUCAAGGUAUUCCAGAAGGAAGAGAUUGAACCUUUGCAGGUUAAGCAGCAGGAUGUUAACUGGUUAGGCCAAGGCCUUAUUCAGAGUGCUGCCAAAAGCACGAGCACUCAGGGUUUGGAGCGCGACCUAGAGGAUGUCAAUGCACGGUGGAAGACUCUCAAUAAGAAGGUGGCUCAGCGAGCAGCCCAGCUGCAGGAGGCCCUGCUGCACUGUGGGAGGUUCCAGGAUGCCCUGGAGUCCCUGCUCAGCUGGAUGGUGGACACCGAGGAGCUUGUGGCCAAUCAGAAGCCCCCAUCAGCCGAGUUCAAAGUGGUGAAGGCCCAAAUACAAGAGCAAAAGCUUCUACAGAGAUUGCUGGAUGACCGUAAAUCUACCGUGGAGGUAAUCAAACGAGAAGGAGAAAAAAUUGCUGCAACAGCAGAACCUGCAGACAAAGUGAAAAUUUUGAAACAGCUGAGUCUCUUGGAUAGCCGAUGGGAGGCCUUACUUAAUAAAGCUGAAACAAGGAAUCGUCAGUUGGAAGGUAUCUCUGUGGUAGCACAGCAAUUUCAUGAAACCUUAGAACCGCUGAAUGAGUGGCUUACAACCAUAGAGAAGAGGCUGGCCAAUUGCGAGCCCAUCGGAACGCAGGCAUCCAAACUGGAGGAGCAAAUUGCACAGCACAAAGCUUUGGAAGAUGAUAUCAUCAAUCACAAUAAACAUUUGCAUCAAGCCGUUAGUAUUGGCCAGUCCUUAAAGGUUUUGAGCUCCAGGGAGGAUAAAGAUAUGGUGCAGAACAAACUAGACUUCUCUCAAGUGUGGUACAUUGAGAUCCAAGAGAAAAGUCACAGCAGGUCUGAGCUCCUCCAGCAGGCCUUAUGCAAUGCUAAGAUCUUUGGGGAAGAUGAAGUUGAACUGAUGAACUGGCUGAAUGAAGUGCAUGGCAAGCUCAGCAAGCUCUCAGUCCAGGAUUAUAGCACUGAGGGGCUAUGGAAACAGCAAUCUGAACUUCGGGUUCUGCAAGAGGACAUCCUCCUCAGGAAGCAAAACGUAGAUCAGGCACUACUGAAUGGUUUAGAACUCCUUAAACAAACCACAGGUGAUGAAGUUUUAAUAAUUCAAGAUAAGUUGGAAGCCAUUAAAGCGAGAUACAAAGACAUUACAAAAUUGAGCACGGAUGUGGACAAGACUCUGGAGCAGGCACUGCAGCUUGCCAGGCGGCUGCACUCCACACAUGAAGAGCUGUGUACCUGGCUGGACAAAGUGGAGGUGGAAUUGCUUACCUAUGAAACACAGGUUCUAAAAGGAGAAGCGGCAAGCCAAGCACAAGUGAGGCAAAAAGAACUGAAAAAGGAAGCAAAGAACAAUAAGGCUUUGUUGGACUCCCUUAAUGAAGUGAGCAGUGCUUUGCUGGAACUGGUGCCAUGGAGGGCAAGAGAAGGCCUUGAGAAAAUGGUGUCGGAGGACAAUGAGCGCUACCGAUUAGUCAGUGACACCAUCACUCAGAAGGUGGAGGAGAUCGAUGCUGCCAUUCUGAGAUCACAGCAGUUUGACCAAGCAGCUGAUGCUGAGUUAUCCUGGAUUACUGAAACAGAGAAGAAAUUGAUGUCUCUUGGUGACAUCAGGCUUGAGCAAGACCAGACCUCUGCUCAGCUUCAGGUUCAAAAGACAUUCACCAUGGAAAUUCUGAGACACAAGGAUAUUAUUGAUGAACUUGUGAAGUCUGGGCAUAAAAUCAUGACCACAUGCAGCGAAGAGGAAAAGCAAUCAAUGAAGAAAAAAUUGGAUAAGGUAUUGAAGAAGUAUGAUGCCAUCUGCCAGAUAAACUCAGAAAGGUAUCUGCAGCUAGAAAGAGCACAGUCUCUGGUUAACCAGUUCUGGGAGACAUAUGAAGAACUUUGGCCAUGGCUGAUAGAGACUCAGAGAAUCAUCUCUCAACUUCCCGCUCCAGCACUUGAAUAUGAAACUCUUAGACAGCAGCAGGAGGAACACCGGCAACUGCGAGAAUUGAUAGCGGAACACAAGCCUCAUAUAGAUAAGAUGAACAAAACUGGGCCACAGUUACUGGAACUGAGCCCAGGGGAAGGCUUUUCUAUCCAAGAGAAGUAUGUGGCAGCUGAUACGCUUUACAGUCAAAUUAAAGAAGAUGUGAAAAAACGAGCUGUGGCACUGGAUGAAGCCAUGUCUCAGUCAACACAGUUCCAUGACAAGAUUGACCAGAUCCUUGAGAGCCUGGAGCGCAUCGUGGAACGUUUGAGACAGCCGCCCUCCAUCUCUGCAGAGGUGGAAAAGAUCAAGGAACAGAUCAGUGAGAACAAGAACGUGUCUGUAGACAUGGAAAAGCUGCAGCCAUUAUACGAAACGCUCAAGCAGAGGGGCGAGGAAAUGAUUGCUAGAUCCGGGGGCACAGAUAAAGACAUAUCUGCCAAAGCUGUUCAGGAUAAGCUUGAUCAAAUGAUUUUCAUUUGGGAGAACAUACACACUCUGGUGGAAGAAAGGGAAGCCAAGCUCCUGGAUGUCAUGGAACUAGCAGAAAAAUUUUGGUGUGAUCACAUGUCAUUGGUAGUUACCACCAAAGAUACCCAAGACUUCAUCCGGGACUUGGAGGAUCCUGGAAUUGAUCCUUCAGUAGUAAAACAGCAGCAAGAAUCAGCAGAGGCCAUCAGGGAAGAAAUAGAUGGGCUCCAGGAAGAGCUGGACAUAGUUGUUAACCUGGGUUCUGAUCUCAUUGCUGCUUGUGGAGAGCCUGAUAAACCCAUUGUGAAGAAAAGCAUAGAUGAGUUAAAUUCAGCCUGGGAUUCUCUGAACAAAGCCUGGAAAGACCGGGUCGACAGACUUGAGGAAGCCAUGCAGGCUGCUGUUCAGUAUCAGGAUGGGCUGCAGGCAAUAUUUGACUGGGUAGAUAUCGCAGGUGGUAAAUUAGCUUCCAUGUCUCCAAUCGGAACAGAUCUUGAAACUGUCAAGCAGCAAAUUGAAGAGCUAAAGCAAUUCAAAUCAGAGGCCUAUCAACAACAAAUAGAAAUGGAAAGACUGAAUCAUCAGGCAGAGCUUCUGCUGAAGAAAGUGACGGAAGAAAGCGACAAACACACUGUCCAGGAUCCGUUGAUGGAGCUGAAACUGAUAUGGGAUAGCCUGGAUGAGAGAAUUAUCAACAGACAACAUAAGCUAGAAGGUGCUUUAUUAGCACUGGGCCAGUUCCAACAUGCUCUGGAUGAACUCUUGGCUUGGCUGACCCACACUGAGGGUUUGCUAAAUGAGCAGAAACCUGUGGGAGGAGACCCUAAAGCCAUUGAAAUUGAACUUGCCAAGCAUCAUGUGCUGCAAAAUGAUGUAUUAGCCCAUCAGUCCACAGUGGAAGCUGUUAAUAAAGCAGGAAAUGAUCUAAUUGAAUCAAGUGCAGGUGAAGAAGCAAGCAACCUUCAAAAUAGAUUGGAGAUUUUAAAUCAACGCUGGCAAAAUGUUUUGGAAAAAACCGAGCAGAGGAAGCAGCAGCUGGAUGGUGCCUUGCGCCAGGCCAAAGGGUUUCAUGGUGAAAUUGAGGAUCUGCAGCAAUGGUUGACUGACACGGAGCGGCAUCUGUUGGCGUCCAAGCCUCUGGGUGGUUUACCAGAAACAGCCAAGGAGCAGCUUAAUGCACACCUGGAAAUCUGCGCUGCCUUUGAUGCUAAAGAAGAAACAUAUAAGAGUCUGAUGCAGAAAGGCCAGCAGAUGCUUGCAAGAUGCCCCAAAUCUGCAGAGACAAACAUUGACCAAGACAUAAAUAACUUGAAAGAAAAAUGGGAAUCAGUGGAAACCAAACUCAAUGAAAGGAAAACUAAACUGGAAGAAGCCCUGAACUUGGCAAUGGACUUCCACAAUUCUCUCCAAGACUUCAUCAACUGGCUUACCCAGGCUGAACAGACCCUGAAUGUAGCUUCUCGACCAAGUCUUAUCUUGGACACAGUCUUGUUUCAAAUUGAUGAACACAAGGUAUUUGCCAAUGAAGUAAAUUCGCACCGUGAACAGAUAAUAGAACUGGAUAAAACUGGAACCCACUUAAAAUAUUUUAGUCAGAAACAAGAUGUUGUCCUAAUUAAGAACCUCCUGAUCAGCGUACAAGGGCGAUGGGAAAAAGUGGUCCAGCGGUUAGUGGAAAGAGGAAGAUCUUUGGAUGAUGCAAGGAAGAGAGCCAAGCAGUUUCAUGAAGCUUGGAGUAAACUCAUGGAGUGGCUGGAGGAGUCAGAAAAGUCUUUGGAUUCUGAACUAGAAAUCGCCAAUGAUCCUGACAAAAUAAAAACACAACUUGCACAACAUAAGGAAUUUCAGAAAUCACUUGGAGCCAAGCAUUCUGUAUAUGACACCACGAAUAGGACUGGGCGUUCUCUGAAGGAGAAAACCUCCCUGGCUGAUGACAACCUGAAACUAGAUGAUAUGCUGAGUGAACUCAGGGACAAGUGGGACACCAUAUGUGGGAAGUCUGUGGAAAGACAAAACAAGCUGGAGGAAGCCCUAUUGUUUUCUGGACAGUUCACAGAUGCUCUGCAGGCCCUCAUUGAUUGGUUAUACAGAGUUGAACCCCAACUAGCAGAAGACCAGCCUGUCCAUGGAGACAUUGAUUUAGUAAUGAAUCUGAUCGAUAAUCACAAGGUCUUCCAGAAAGAGCUGGGGAAGAGGACCAGCAGCGUGCAGGCCCUGAAGCGCUCAGCUAGGGAACUCAUAGAAGGCAGUAGGGACGAUUCCUCCUGGGUCAAGGUCCAGAUGCAGGAGCUGAGCACGCGCUGGGAGACCGUGUGUGCACUUUCCAUAUCAAAACAAACACGGCUGGAAGCAGCCCUGCGUCAGGCAGAGGAGUUCCACUCGGUGGUGCAUGCCCUCCUGGAGUGGCUGGCUGAGGCCGAGCAGACCCUGCGCUUCCACGGGGUUCUCCCAGAUGAUGAGGAUGCUCUGCGGACUCUCAUCGAUCAGCAUAAAGAAUUCAUGAAGAAACUGGAAGAAAAAAGAGCUGAGCUAAAUAAAGCCACUAGUAUGGGAGAUGCUGUUUUGGCCAUCUGCCAUCCUGACUCCAUCACCACCAUCAAGCACUGGAUAACCAUCAUCCGGGCCAGGUUUGAGGAGGUGCUGGCCUGGGCAAAGCAACAUCAGCAGAGAUUAGCAAGUGCUCUGUCUGGGCUCAUUGCUAAACAGGAGUUGCUGGAAGCUUUGCUGGCUUGGUUGCAGUGGGCAGAAACUACACUCACUGAUAAGGACAAAGAAGUCAUCCCCCAGGAGAUUGAAGAGGUGAAAGCCCUCAUUGCAGAACACCAGACGUUCAUGGAAGAAAUGACCAGAAAGCAGCCCGAUGUUGAUAAAGUUACCAAGACCUAUAAGAGGAGAGCAGCUGAUCCUUCCUCGUUACAGUCCCACAUUCCAGUCUUGGAUAAGGGACGAGCAGGAAGAAAGCGUUUCCCAGCAUCAGGGCUAUAUCCCUCUGGAUCUCAGACACAAAUUGAAACUAAGAAUCCCAGGGUUAACUUGCUGGUGAGCAAAUGGCAGCAAGUCUGGCUCCUGGCGUUGGAAAGACGGAGGAAGCUCAAUGAUGCCCUGGACAGGCUGGAGGAGCUGAGGGAGUUUGCUAACUUUGAUUUUGAUAUCUGGCGUAAAAAAUACAUGCGGUGGAUGAAUCAUAAGAAAUCUCGAGUGAUGGACUUCUUUAGGAGAAUUGAUAAAGAUCAAGAUGGGAAAAUAACCCGGCAAGAAUUUAUUGAUGGAAUUCUUUCCUCAAAGUUCCCAACCAGCCGUUUGGAGAUGAGUGCGGUCGCUGACAUCUUUGACAGAGAUGGGGAUGGCUACAUUGACUACUACGAAUUUGUAGCAGCUCUCCACCCAAAUAAAGAUGCAUAUAAGCCCAUCACAGAUGCUGACAAAAUUGAAGACGAGGUGACAAGGCAGGUAGCUAAGUGUAAAUGUGCAAAACGAUUUCAAGUUGAACAGAUUGGUGAUAACAAGUACAGGUUCUUCCUGGGAAAUCAGUUUGGAGACUCCCAGCAACUACGACUGGUCCGCAUCCUAAGGAGCACUGUGAUGGUUCGUGUUGGAGGUGGCUGGAUGGCACUUGAUGAAUUCUUAGUGAAAAACGAUCCUUGCAGGGUUCAUCAUCAUGGGAGUAAAAUGUUACGUUCGGAAUCAAACUCUUCAAUUACUACUACUCAGCCUACUAUAGCUAAAGGAAGAACCAACAUGGAACUGCGCGAGAAGUUCAUUUUAGCAGAUGGUGCCAGUCAAGGCAUGGCUGCCUUCCGGCCCCGGGGCCGUAGAUCCCGGCCUUCGUCACGAGGAGCCUCACCCAACAGAUCGACUUCUUUGUCCAGCCAGGCUGGCCAGGCAGCCUCCCCACAGGUCCCUGCCGCCAGCACACCGAAGAUUCUCCAUCCUUUAACACGCAAUUAUGGUAAACCAUGGUUGACAAACAGCAAAAUGUCAACUCCUUGUAAACCAGCAGAGAGCUCAGACUAUCCAGUGUCAUCUGCAGAGGGAACGCCAAUCCAGGGCAGCAAGCUGCGCCUUCCAGGAUACCUCUCCGGGAAAGGCUUCCACUCUGGGGAAGACAGUGGUUUAAUCACAACCGCAGCUGCCAGAGUCCGGACACAGUUUGCUGAUUCCAAGAAGACACCCAGCCGACCAGGAAGCCGAGCUGGGAGCAAAGCUGGUAGCAGGGCCAGCAGCCGCCGAGGCAGCGACGCAUCAGACUUUGACAUUUCUGAAAUCCAGUCCGUGUGCUCAGAUGUGGAGAGUGUCCCCCAGACACACAGGCCAACACCCCGAGCAGGUUCUCGGCCAGCCACAGCCAAGCCUUCCAAGAUCCCCACGCCCCAGAGGAAAUCCCCUGCCAGCAAAUUGGACAAGUCCUCAAAGAGAUAGUGCAGUUGAUUCACCAAGGCCUUUCCUUGAGCAUUUCCUAUUUAAGUUUGAACAAUGUAAAAUACGAUGUAGAAAUUAUUGUGAAAUAUUGCAAGAGGCGAGCUUAAAAUUCUGCAGAUGGCCUUAUUUGUGUAUUUGCCUUUUUAUUUGAUCUGUAUAUUUUUGGGGUCAGAUGUUCUGGGGUUAAAGUCACAUCAUAUGUGAGGGGGAAGAAAGAGUUUUACAUGAACUGCCAUGUCUGCACUGUGACAUAUAGAGUGUACACUAACAGCAGUUACUGUACCUACAGGUAAGUCUGCAUCCUCUGACACAGCCAUACGACGGUCGCUAAUGUUAAGGAUACCUCAUGAUAUUUUGUUUGAAUGGAAAUUCUGAAAAGCUGAAAGACACCCAAAGGUUUAUGUUUUUGAGAUGAUUUACAUGUAAACUGAAACAGAAAGGGCAGAAAAACAAACAGACACACCCACACACAAUUAUUUAAGCAGUAUCUGACAGAGAACUUACUGGGAGUUACUUCAAGCACUUGCCAUUACAAUAUUCAAGUACCUUACAGCGUUUCUGUGCCAUUGCUUUAAAUGAAGCUGAAACGUUCUGGAUAUUAGACCCAUUAUACUGUAAGAAUAUUAAUUAUCAAGUGCAUUCAUAUAAACAUGAGGUUUCUUUGCUUGAGUGGACAGUAGCACCUGUAUCAUUGAACUCAUUUUGUAUCAAAGCAACUUUGCUUGCAGAAAGCUAUGAAAUAAAACAUGUCCCUUAACUACAUUGCUAUGGAAUUAAUUUUUUUCCCCAGGGAAAAUUAGUGUAUUUUUUUAUGAGCAGUAUCAAUUUGGAGUGACCAAAAGAUACUUAAAAAUGGGUUUAUUUUGAUUUCUCAUCUGAAAUAAUCAUGUUCUGGUAUUAUAUCUAUAUUUAAUAAAUAUAUACAUUUUAAUUUAUUAUGUAAACUCACAUACUAUAGAAAGAUAUUAGUAUGCAUUUAAUAAAACAUAUUCACUUGA